AUGGCUGCUGAAGAGGCUCUACAAGCUAGGGAUGUUCACCUUUCUGCUGCCCAAGCUGCUGCUAAGAGCCAGGACCAGAAGCUGAAGGAGUUGGAGGAUCAGCUGAAGGUGAAGGGAGAUGAGCUGACCCAGGCCAAGGCCGAGGCUUCCAACGUCCAGCUGGAGCUUAAUGAGCAGAAGACUUCUUCCUCCAAACUCUCAGAAGAGUUAGAAAAAUCUAAAAAGGAUUUGGAGGAAAGUCAAAAGAGAUUGGCUGACGCUGAAGCCUUGCUCCAAGUCCGACUUUACACCCAAGAAGAGUACGAGAUGGGCUACAUAAAUGGGUUUAAGGUGGCUCGGAGGUUGGCUCUCCAUACUGAGCCUUUGCUGGAUUGGUCUAAGUGUGCGCUUUGGGCUCAGGACCCCGAGGAUCCGCACAUGCUGUAUGCCACUCCUGCUGAGCAUGAGAUCCUUCAGGCUGAACAAGCCGAGGAGGAAGCUGAGCGGCAGGAGUUGGAGGUUGAACAGCGAGCCGCUGAAGCUCAGGCAAGGGCCCAACCUGCCUCCUCUGCUACUGGAGCCGAGACUGCCCCAGGGCUAGACCCAGCUGACCAGCCUGAUCCUUCGGCUGAAGCAUAG